AUGCAAGCAUUUUCUGGCGCUUCUGGCAAAGGAUCCGCUUUAGAGCAAACGACUCUGCCUACAGCUCGUAGAACACACGCUUCCGAUGGGAACGGGUACCAGAAACAUCUGGACGAAAAAAUAUCGCCUUUAACAACUGCCCAUGCUCAAUCCGCACCUUCUCUGCUGACAAACCGGGAUCGGAAUGCUAUUGCCCUGCUCAUUGUACUUUAUUUUAUUCAAGGGAUACCUAUUGGCUUGGCUUUCGGUUCUAUUCCAUUUCUCCUCAAGUCAAGGCUCUCAUACACCCAAAUUGGGACGUUCUCUUUGAGCACAUACCCAUACUCUUUAAAGCUCUUCUGGAGCCCCAUCAUUGACUCGGUGUACCAUCCACAAAUUGGGCGACGGAAGUCUUGGAUUGUUCCGAUUCAAGCCAUCUUAGGGUCUCUCAUGAUAUGGAUGGGGAGGAACUCCGAAGAGUUGUUGAAAUCCGCAGAGCACGAUAUAUCAAAGUUGACCUUUGUCUUCGUGACACUUGUGUUCUUUGCCGCAACUCAAGAUAUAGCCGUUGACGGAUGGGCUCUGACAUUAUUGUCGGGGAAGAACUUAUCAUACGCAUCUACUGCUCAGACUGUCGGACUUAACUCUGGUUAUUUUCUUUCGUUCACUGUCUUCCUCGCACUCAACAGCCCCGAAUUCGCCAAUAAAUAUUUCCGUGCGGUUCCCUCGGCUGAACCUUUCUUAAAUCUUGGAGGAUAUCUUAAAUUUUGGGGAUAUUUUUGCUUUGUCGUCACACUUUGGCUAUUCUUUUUCAAGAGAGAGGACCCUGUGAGUGCAGAGGAAGAAGACACAGACAUAUCUGUCCGAGGAGUCUACCGUACCAUGUGGAAGAUAUGCCAGCUCAAACAGAUACAAACCCUUGUUAUCAUUCACCUUGUUGCAAAAAUCGGUUUCCAAGCAAAUGAUGCUGCGACAGACCUUAAACUUAUGGAAAAAGGUUUACUGACUCGUGAAGAUCUUGCGCUUGUGGCUCUCAUUGACUUCCCACUGCAGCUAGUGGGAGGAUGGGUCGCAGCUCGAUGGAGCACCGGUGAUCAUAAGCUGCGUCCUUGGUUGCAAGGUUACGUCGUCCGAUUAGCCUUCGCCCUCGCGAGCGUUGGCCUUGUAAAAGGGUUCAAUGCCGAGGACGCGAAAUCCAGAUGGCUUUUGCUGUUGAUAAUUGUGGUCAAAGUUCUAACCUCCUUUGCGUCCACCUUCCAAUUUGUUGGAGUGUCCGCUUUUCAUACUCACAUAUCUGACCCCGUGGUUGGGGGGACGUACAUGACUUUGCUCAAUACAAUCUCCAACCUUGGGGGUACUUGGCCACGCUGGUUCGUCCUUACAGGAGUGGAUGUCUUCAGUUCUGCUAUGUGCCAUGUAAACGAAUCAACGCGCGAGAUUUCUUGCUUCCAUCCAGCUCAAGAAUGUAGUUCUGAAUCCGGAAGAGAACGUUGCAAGGGGCUCGGCGGCGAAUGUGUAACCGAAUUUGAUGGCUACUAUACCGUAUCGUUGAUAUGCGUAGCGCUGGGAGCUAUUCUCCUCGUUGGGUACAUAUGGCCGAAGGCCAAGCAGCUACAGGCUUUGCCAUUAUCCUCAUGGAGAGUCAACAUGAGCAAGUGA